AUGGCUGAUAAUGAAGCUGCGAAUGAAGGUGUAACUGGAGAAGAGGAACGGACGCAACAAGAAGCACAAGAUUAUGAAGGGGCUGGACACGGAACCCAGGAUAGCACUUCGAACAUACAAAGAGCAUCUUAUUCGCGUAUAAAGUCAUUGCACAGUUUAUUGGAAGCGUUGUUGCGCUCACCAAAUAACGUACGAGACAAACCAAGUUGUAACAGAUGCACGAAUUCUCGAGUUCCAGCGAAAGAGAUCGCAACAGUGCAAAGGAUUGCAAACGCACUUUUACCGUCCAUGUCAGACGACAAUACCCCAUACUUCCCUACUAGUUUUCCUAGCAAUCCAUACACAGGCACAACAGCAGAAGUACGAACUUUGACGUAUCAUGCCCAUGGACGCGCCCAAGGUCAAGUUCAGUUUCUCGAUGACGACAACAGUCCAAACACAUAG